AUGAACGCCGCCACAUAUUUUCCACCGCGGCCCAUGACUGCCUUGGAACUCAAUGAUCGCAUCAUCCAAACCAUCGGCUAUUCACGAUUCAAUGAGCAGUAUCUUCCUGGCGCAAUACACGGCCCGAUCCCACACCCCCCUGCUAUCCUCGACCAGCCGGCACCCUACUUCGUUCCCGACAAUCGUCCCCACCCCAGCAUCAUCUUCGGUAACUAUCCCAGGCCCGAGUGGCCUGUUGGAGCCCUUCGGCGUCUUAUUUGGUGGCUCGACUUGCAGACCUUGUUCAAUCUCCGACAGACAAGCCGUGGAAUGCGGGAAUUCAUAAGCCAGUCCGAGGUAUACAAAGCCAUCAUCGAGGCACUUCAUCUGUACAAGGCGAUCCUCGGCACAAAAUAUGCACAAAGUGUGCUAGUCGUUGAUUUCUAUGACCUACUUACCACAAUGCGUUGUGGUAUCUGUGGCGAAUAUGCCAUGCUCAUCAGCAUCCCUGAGUGGUUACGACUAUGCCAACGCUGCGUUGAGACUGGCCAACGACGUGGUUUCGGCCUAGACCCCAUAACUCGCGUUUCCAGAUUUGUAACAUGGAACAUUUUCGCACAGUCCCUAGCUCCAGAUGCAGCGGCUCGCAUGCGGGACUGGGACAGGGAUUUUUUCGUCGGCUUGAAAGGCUAG